GGUCAACAUACUGCAUGUUUGUUCAUCAAAGAAAUCGUGAUAGUCAGUGUACCAAGCUGAAGUAAUAAUCAUCCAUUUGUGAGACACAGUAAUGGCAUCCACUUCAAGAGCUAAUAACGAGGCAGCAAAAUGGACUCAAAGCGAACAAGAUUAUCUCCUAAAAUUAAUGGUUGAACAAGUGAAAGUUGGUAAUAAGAGUUCUAGCACAUUCAAUAAAGGUGGGUGGAACAAUAUCAAGAAGGGGCUUGAGGAAAAAGCUAAUCAGUCAUUUACGAUGGUUCAAUUAAGGAAUAAGAUGAAUAAAAUGCGAUUCGAUUACAGAGCUUUCAAGAAACUACUGGAUACUACAGGUUUUGGUUGGAAUUCUGUGACGAGGACCUGUACAGUUGAAGAUGAGAGUGUUUGGGAUGUACAAAUCAAGGCAAAUCGUGAUUGGUCAAAGUUUAGGAGGAAUGGGCUACCACAUUGGUCUGAACUAUGUAUAAUUUUUGGGGAUUCAUAUGGUAGUGGGAUAGGAGGAUUCGGGAAUGAAUCUGAUUUCAGGUUUGAAGAGGAAUCGAGAGGUGUUGAUGAUGAGGUGGAUGCAGAUGUAGAUGUAAUUCCAACUACUCCAUUGGCUAAUACCUUGCCAAUAGGUUAUUAUAAAAGUCAAGAUCCAGGAACUGAUCGUCCUAGAGUCAACAGAAGACUUGAUAGGACACCUACAGGAUAUAAGAAGAAGAGUAGGACAACUGGUAUUGAACGCGCCAUAUAG